UGCAUGCAGCCCAUGGAGGUUGGCCCUUGCAAGGCGGAGAUUGAGCGCUGGUACUUUGAUAUCCGUGCACAAGAGUGCGUGCGCUUCACAUAUGGCGGUUGUGACGGCAAUCGCAAUAACUUUGCCAGCAAGUCUGACUGCGAGCAAGCGUGC